CCAUUAAACAAAAGAAGAGGAAGAAGAACACAUUGGAUUGUUUUUAAUCCGAAUGAAAUUUCCUGCGUUAGGAUUUAGGGAGACAACAAAACUGCCACGGACUCUUCCUAACAAGUUUUAAAUAAACUGUUGCGUCAAACAGGUAACAUUAUAUCGGUUGCCAACAUAAAAAUGGGAUUAAUAGUUACAUUCGGUACCCCGUAGUUUUUCUACAUUCAACAAACAAGAACAUAAAAAACAUCACUUUUACCUUUAUGGGGUUGAAAUGUUUGAGUCUCCCCGCCAUUAACGCUUGCCUUUACAAUAUAUUUAUAUUUUUAAAUUCAUUUUACGGAUUGAAGUGGACCACCUCGACCUAAAAAAAAGUCACUUUUUUUUCUUUCUAAACCCCGAAUUUAGACUGAAAGGCGAUUGCAACGCCGUGCUCCUUUACCGGUAUUAGCAGUUUCCACGCCUUAAUUAGUGUGUGGGAAGCUUGACACUAGCAUGGUGGGGGUGUUGCGUACAAACUGCAAAGCAUCACGAAGACGCGCCUGCCUGGGAGACGGAGAUCCGGGGCAGACGGGUUUCGCUUCAUUCAAUAAAAAUCCACGCUAGUUGUACACAUUUGUCUCCCAGAAGUUCGUGCAUUUUAAUGGCGAUGAUGCAGAAGUGGGACCCCGCCUCCCGCGCAUGCAGCUGCCGCUUGCGGUAGUGAUGAUGAUGAUGCUGGCGUGCAGGGGAGGACCAAUGCUGAAGGAGGCUGCUGGGCUGAAUGGAGGCGACGGGAUGCCGUCCCUGUAGCAGCACGGGAGAGGAAUUAACAUCGAUGGAGGUGCCUCCCGGGCAUUCCCUGCGAUUUUGAGGCACCCCGACUCCCACGGCAGGAAAUCACCUGCCCCAUGUGCGGUUCAGCCAGCCUGUGCAGUAUCAUUUCAGCGUGCCCUCGUUAAGGACCCCCCUGGUGGCCACGCGGCCCACUCACGGGACAUGUACGGCAGUGCCAGAGCUGUAAGUCACUUAGAGAGCAGCCCCGCACGCUCCCCGCGCCUGCCUCGGUCCCCCAGACUGGGCCAUCGGAGGGCCAACAGCGGGGCCGGGAGCGGCGCGGGGGGCAAGACGCUCUCCAUGGAGAACAUCCAGUCUCUCAAUGCUGCCUACGCCACUUCGGGGCCCAUGUACCUGAGCGAUCACGAGGGUGUGGGCUCCACGGCCACCUACCCCAAAGGCACUACCACUUUGGGCCGGGCCACCAGCCGGGCCAUGUACGGGGGCCGCGUCACGGCCAUGGGCAGCAGUCCCAAUAUCGCUACGGUGGGGCUGCACCAUGCUGACCUUCUGUCUUACAGUGACCUGGGCUCCAUCUCCAUGCUGCACUCCCACCACCACCACCACCAGGGGUUGCCCUCCGCCCUGCUGAGGCAGGCGGUGCGGAGCAGUGGGGGAGAACUGCUAGAGAUGCAGGCCCAGUUCAGGGAGAUGCAGAGGGAGAACGAGAUGCUGCGCAGGGAGCUGGACCUGAAGGACAGUAAGCUGGGCUCCUCCACCAACAGCAUCAAAAGCUUCUGGAGUCCCGAGUUGAAGAAGGAGCGCAUCAUGAGGAAGGAGGAGGCGGCGCGAACGUCUAUUCUUAAAGAGCAGAUGAGGGUCACUCAUGAGGACAACCAGCUGCUGGAUGCCAGGAGAACAAAGCAUCUCCAGAUGACCAUCCAGGCUCUGCAAGAUGAGCUUCGCACACAACGAGACCUCAACCACCUGCUGCAACAGGAGAGCGGCAACCGCUCAGGCGCCGACCACUUCACCACCAUCGAGCUUACCGAAGAGAACUUCCGGCGGUUGCAGGCCGAACACGACCGGCAGGCCAAGGAGCUGUUCUUGUUGAGGAAAACCCUGGAGGAGAUGGAGCUGAGGAUCGAGACCCAGAAGCAGACCCUGGGAGCCAGAGAUGAGUCCAUUAAGAAGCUGCUGGAGAUGCUGCAGAGUAAAGGUCUGCCAUCAGGGCCCGGCAGGGUGUCUGAAGAGGAGGAGCAGGAGAGGAACAGGCGCAUCGCUGAGGCUGAGGCCCAGCUCGGACACCUGGAGGUCAUUCUAGACCAGAAAGAGAAGGAAAACAUUCAUCUACGAGAGGAGUUACACAGAAGAAAUCAACUGCAUCAGGAUCCCAGCAAAACAAAGGCCCUGCAAACCAUCAUUGAAAUGAAAGACACCAAGAUUGCCUCACUGGAGCGCAACAUUCGAGACCUGGAAGAUGAGAUCCAAAUGUUAAAGGCCAACGGCUUGCUGAGCACGGAGGACCGUGAGGAGGAGAUCAAGCAAAUGGAGGUCUACAAGAACCACUCCAAGUUUAUGAAGACCAAGAUUGAUCAGCUCAAGCAGGAGUUGUCCAAGAAGGAGUCAGAGCUGCUGGCACUGCAGACCAAACUAGAGACCCUCAACAACCAGAACUCGGACUGCAAACAGCACAUCGAGGUCCUCAAAGAGUCUCUCACUGCCAAAGAGCAACGUGCGGCCAUCCUGCAAACUGAGGUAGAUGCUCUGCGUCUUCGUCUGGAGGAGAAGGAGUCCUUCCUCAACAAGAAAACCAAGCAGCUGCAGGACCUGACGGAGGAGAAAGGCACACUUGCUGGAGAAAUCAGGGACAUGAAGGACAUGCUGGAGGUCAAAGAAAGGAAAAUUAAUGUCCUGCAGAAGAAGAUUGAGAACUUGCAGGAGCAGCUGAGGGACAAAGACAAGCAGCUGAGCAACUUGAAGGACCGCGUCAAGUCUCUGCAGACCGACUCCACCAACACUGACACUGCCCUGGCCACCCUGGAGGAGGCGCUGUCCGAGAAGGAGCGAAUCAUCGAGCGUCUGAAGGACCAGAGGGAGAGGGAAGAUCGAGAACGUCUGGAGGAAGUGGACGCCUACAAGAAGGAGAACAAGGACCUCAAAGAGAAAGUCAACAGCCUGCAGAUAGAAUUAACAGAAAAAGAGUCCAGCCUCAUCGAUCUCAAGGAGCAUGCGUCUUCUUUGGCGUCCUCUGGCCUCAAAAAGGACUCCAAGCUCAAGUCACUUGAGAUCGCCAUUGAGCAGAAAAAGGAAGAGUGCAGUAAGUUGGAGACGCAGUUACAGAAGCAAGCUGAGCAGCUUUUCAGUCACGUGAACAAUCCUAAAGCCCACGAGGUGGAGCAUCAGUCGGGCCCCAGAGGGAACCCGGACUACGUGGACCGGGUGAAGCUGCUGGAAAAGGAGGUGAACUUCUACAAGGACGAGGCCAGCAAGGCUCAGAUGGAGGUGGAGAGGCUCCUGGACAUCCUACGGGAAGUGGAGACCGAGAAAAACGACAAAGACAAGAAAAUCGCCGAUUUGGAAAGCCCCCUUCCUUCCUCUGCCUUUCGCCCUACCCUUCGUCCGGGUGGCAAAGCCCCCCCUGACCCGCUCCCCGCUGUGUCCGCCGCCCCCCAGCAGAUAGGGGGCAUGGUGUGGGACUUCCUGGGAAAACAAGGAGGCAAAGAGCAGACCAAGAAGGGCCAGAACAUCAAACUAGGACCCCAAGGGGACAAGAAAGGCUUGGGACAUGACGCACGUAAGGACAGCACUUUGGACGGCGGCCAUCAUUCAAAGCUAGAGGAGCUGAUGAACACCCUGGAGAGGACGAGGCAGGAGUUGGAUUCCACCAAGCAGCGUCUCUCGUCCACGCAGCAGUCCCUGCAAGAGCGGGACAGUCACCUGACCAACAUGAGGCAAGAGCGAAGGAAACAGCUGGAAGAGAUUUUAGAGAUGAAACAACAAGCUCUGCUGGCUGCCAUCAGUGAGAAAGAUGCUAAUAUUGCACUGCUGGAACUGUCUGCCUCCAACAAGAAAAAGACCCAAGAGGAGGUGGUUGCCCUCAAAAGGGAGCGAGACAAACUGAUGCACCAACUUAAACAGCAUACUCAAAGCAGAAUGAAGCUGAUUGCUGACAACUAUGAGGAUGAACAAUACCACCUCCAUGGUCCACACCACGCCCAGCCCCAGGCCCCUCAGCCUCAGACUCAAUACCCCCACCCGCCCCAUGGCCAGCAGGUCUCGUACGCACACGGCCCUCACAUGCAGCACCCACAGGCCACCCCGCAGCACCCUCACCCACAGCAGCAGCAACUUCAGUACCCUCACAGUCAACACCCGCAGCAGCACCCUCAACCGCCUCCCCAGCACCCACAGCAUCAACAGCAUCCACGCCCCCCACAGCCCCAACAUCCACACCAACAGCACCUCCAGCAUCCCCCGCAGCACCCGCACGGGCAUCCUCCGCCACAGCACCCGCAUCCCCAGCAUCCUCAGCAUCCACAUGGGCCUCCUCAACAGGGGCCUCACCCUCAACAUCCGCAUCCCCAACAUCCCCAGCACCCUCAGCACCCUCAGCACCCUCAGCACCCUCAACAUCCCCAGCAUCCCCAACAUCCCCAGCACCCCCAGGCCCCACACCACGGCCAGCAUCCACGCCACCCGUCGCCUCAUCAUCGUGGAGGGCCGGGCAGAGGACCCCCACACGCUGGCCACCGCCCUUCCCCAGACCAGGUGAUGUCAUAGCAGACCGUCUGACCUCCCCCUCUUCUUAUCCUCCUCUGGCCUCUUCACCGCCCUGACGACCUUCGGCCUGACUUCCAGCCCAAAAGAGUAUCUCUCACACACAAAAAAACACUUUGGUACCUUUUUUUUUUUUACUCCUCCCACCUUCUUUGAGACAUGUGACUUCAUCUUGUUUUAACUGACGUCACCUCGUUUCCAGUCAGACGUAAUGACAAACAAUCUAUGCAGACGUCCGUGUCGCAUGGGUCCCUCCAUUCUCAACCAAUCAGAGCGGGCGAGGAAGUGUUGAGAAGGACCAAUCAGAGACUAUGCAUCUCCUCUUGUUGCAGGAUGUUUUUUUGGGUGUUUUUCAAGCCACGGUGCUCCUGUUGGUGCUCCCCUCUUUCAACGGUGUCGGCUUGUAGCGAGGAAUACAGACACGUCGAUACAUAGUCCCGCCACAAGGGGGCGCUUCAAGAACACGAUGAUUAAGGUGAUCUUCAGUAGAUUCUUCUCUUGGAGUCCCCUCCCCCAAACAGCUGUUACUGCUCCCUCCCUUAAAAGAAGAAAGAUGUACACAUAUAUAUGAUAGAUCUACUAUACAUAGAGAGACAAAUCUAUAGAGUGCGUCUAUUCGUGGUGCAAUUUCAAACUGACAAGAUCAAACGUGUUUAUUUGUCCAUUAUGGUUAUUUUUUAUAAGUGGGUGAAGCGGUGACUUUGUAACAUUCCCGUCUGGUGAUAGAAUGUGAAAGAAAAAAAAUCUACGUACAAAUCUAUUUGACAUUCCGUCGUCUUUAAGGCUGUGUUCACACUCAUAGCAAUUGGUUGGCUUGAAAGGAACUCUGGUGCGCACCAAACAAGUGAACUGCGGCCCGCUUUGGUUCACUCUAGCUCAAAUGUGAACUUUGCACGGACCAAAGACACAAGCAGUUCGAAGAUGCAUGAAGAUGACCAAAAAAAAGUUAUGAUUUUACAAGAAAAAAUGCAAAACCUUCAUAAUGUUAUGACAAAAAAGUCAUACAUUUACAAGAUAAAAACUAACAAGGAAAAAAAAUCUGACUAUGGCAAGAAAAAGGUAAUACUUUUACAUGAAUCUAGUCAAUGAUACAACAGUCAAGUCGCAAUAUUGCAAGAAAAAGUAAUAAUUUGGCAGUAGAAAAGCAUAGUAUCUAAGAACAUAAAAAUAUUACAAAAAUAAAACAAUUUUAUUAAAAUAAAGUCAAAGUAUUGCACAAACAGAAUUCAUAAUGUGACAUGGAUACAAUUAUAAUAUUGCAUGACAAAAGUUAUAAGUCGGCAUGAAUAAAAUAAUAAAAUUAAAAUAGAAAAAUAAUAUUUUAGCAAAAAAAAAACACAUUAAUGUGUAAUAUCCAUCCAUCCAUUUUCUACCACUUAUUCCCUUUUAGGGUCGCGGGGGGCGCUGGCACCUAUCUCAGCUACAAUCGGGCGGAAGGCGGGGUACACCCUGGACAAUUCGCCACCUCAUCGCAGGGCCAACACAGAUAGACAGACAACAUUCACUCUCACAUUCACACAUGUGUAAAAAUCAUAAUUUUACAUGACCAAAAUUAUAACAUUAAAAACAAAUAAGUUUAUCAUGUGAAAUAAUAAAGUAAUAAUUUUAAAGGAACAAAGUCAUAAUUUCCCAAGGAAGGAUAAUAAUAUAGAAAUAAAAAAUAUAUACACAAUAAAAUAAUACCAUUAAAAUAGAAAAAUUAUAUUUUGGCAAAAACAUACAAUUUAUAAGAAUGAAGUCAAAAUACUGCCCGAAUGCAGCUGAGAUAGGCUCCAGCGUCCCCCCGCGACCCUAAAAGUGACAAGCGGUAGAAAAUGGAUGGAAGUGAAAAUAUUGCAAGAAAAAUUCACAAUUUUACAUGACCCAAAAAGUAAUCUUAAACACAAAUACGUUUAUCAUAUGAAGUAAAAAAUAUUAACUUUAAAAGGAAUUAAGUCAUAAUAUCUCAAGAAAAUAAGGCAUAAUUUGACAUGAACUAAGUUAAAAUAGGGCAAGAAAAAAUAAUAUGAUUUGAUAUCCAUGAAUUCAUAAUAUGGAAAUAAAAAUAUAUGUAAUAAAGUAAUCAAAUUUAAAUUGAAAAAUAAUAUUUUUGCGAAAAUGAAAAUGAAGUCAAAAUAUUGCAAGAAAAAAUUAUCCCAAUUUUACAUGACCCAAAUCAUUAUAUUAGACACAAAUGAGUUUAUCAUAUGAAAUAAUAAAGUAAUAAUUUCAAAAGAAUUAAGUCAUAAUAUCCCAAGAAAAGAUAUUGAAAUAAAAAAAUAAAAAAAUAAAAAAAAAUAUAUAUAUAUAUAUAUAUAUAUAUAUUAAAGUGAUUAAAUUAAAAUAGAAACAUUAUAUUUUAGCAAAAAAACUACAACAUAAUUUUAUAAGAAUGAAGUCAAAAUAUUGGAAGAAAAAAAAUCACAAUUUUAUAUGACCCAAAUCAUAAUAUUACAGGGAAUUAAGUCAUAAUAUCCCAAGAAAAGAAAGCAUAAUUUGACUUUAAUUAAGUUAAAAUAUUGCAAGAAAAAAAAAUGAUAUCCGUAAAUUCAUAGUAUGGAAAGAAAAAAUAUUAAUUCAACAAAAAUAUUAAGAAUUUUAGAGGAAUAAAGUCAAACUUUUGCACAAAAAAAAUAUCACAACAAAACACAAAAGCUCAUACUUUCACAUGAAUCAAGUCGAUACUACAAGAAUGAAGUCAAAAUAUAGCAAGAAAAUAGGUAAUCAUUUGGCAUAUAGUAAUAUUAUUGAAAUUAAAAAAGUAUUUAUUUAAAUAGUAAAAACUGUUUUGUAAGAAUAAAGUCAAAAUAUUGCAAGAAAGAUUUCAUAAUUUGACAUUUUGAAAAAAUAUUACAUGAGGAAUUUAUAAUAAAGAAAGAAUACAGUAAUAAUUUUCUAAGAAUUAAGUCCCAAUAUCGCAAGAAAAAAAAAUCAUAAUUUGACAUGAAUCAAGUCAAACUUUUGCAAGAAAAAAUAUUAUUUCAUAGGCAUAAAUUCAUCUUAUGGAAAGAAAAAAAAUCAUAAUUUUACAAGAAAACAGCAUAAAAUCAAACUAUUACUAGAAAAAAAAUAAUAAUUUGACAUAAAUUAUGUCAAAAUAUAUAAGAAAAAAACUGCUUUAUAUGAAUAAAUUCAUAUUAUUGAAAACAAAGUAAUACCUUUUUACAAAAGUAUCCAUUAUUUUAAAGUUGUAAUAUCACAAAAAAUAUUCCUAAUUUGACAUGAAUAAAGUCAUAUUAAAAGAAAAUUAUAAUUUUACAUUUAUAAAGUUAUAAUGUUGUAAGAAGAAAAUCUGAAUCUGACAUUAAUAAAGUCAUAUCACAGGAUAAAUGUCUUAAUUGUAUGUCCCAAUUUUAUCAAAAAUAAUAAUUAUCCUACAAGAAUGUAAAUUUUAUGAUGAAAAAAUAUCACUUCAGUGAAAUAAGUAUUUUUGAAUAUGAAAAAAUGGUUUGAAUUUAAAGCAGCUGAUGACAUUUUGGUUUCAAAUAUUUGUAACAUGUUAACACAACUGUUCUUUACUGCACGGUCUGUGGUCACAUCAAAGUGCACAUCUUUUUUUUAAGAGAACCAAACAUCAAGUGUGAACACAGUCUUCAAGUCUUGCAGUUUUUUCUUUUGUAUUGCCCUGCGGCACAUCCAGAAAAAAUAUUUUCCCAAAAAAUAUAACAAAAGUGUGAAAAGGAACGUAAAGUAAGAAAAAAAAGUUGUAAUGGUGACGCGAGAAACACAAAAGCUAUUACUUAAAAGUACACUUCUCACAAAAAUUGGUCGUUUUUUGGGGUGAAAUUUGAGAGUCAGAAAUGUUUGCAUUCAAACGUUUAGAAAAGUUCAUAUUAAGUUUUUCUGUAAAAGUAUAUUCUACUUUUUAAAGUCCUGAUAUUUUGCCCGAAAGUUGAAUAUCACUAAGUUUUUGUGAGUCGUGUAGGUCAAAUUGAUUUAGUCUCAAAACAUCAAAAAACAUUUAGAUUAUUUAGUAUAUAUGACAUUUGGAAUGGGCAGGUGCAAAAUUUCGAAUUGAAAUGAGAAUAACUAAGAAUUUUAAUCUGGUUGAAUUGUGAUUGAGAUUGCAAACAGGAAGUGGAAUUAAAAGCAAACAAUCAAAUUACUAUUUGAUUGUGUAAAACAUCACAAAAAAUAUAUAUAUUGACAUGCAAACUGUUAGCAUCUUAGCCUAUUUUUUUUAAAGGUCAUGGCUAUUGUUUCUUGGCACUAUCUUGCCUGUAUGCCAAAUGUUAGCAUUUUUAUAAUUCUAUAUAUAUGUAUAUGUAUAUAUGUGUGUGUGUGUGUGUGUGUAUAUAUGUAUAUAUGUGUGUAUAUAUAUAUAUAUAUAUAUAUAUAUAUAUAUAUAUACAUAAUGUAUGUGUGUAUAAAUUAAGUCAGGAAAAAACACCCUACAAGCCUGUUUCGCAGGUUUCUCUGAAGGUUUCUGAAGAGCAGAGAAACCUGCAAAACAGGCUUGUAGGGAUAAAAUAGCCUCCAUGUUUUUUCCUGACCUGACAUAUAUUCUGCUCUACCCUGGUAUUGAGCACUGUAUAACGGAUAAACCAACCUUGACUAUAUAUGUGUAAAUAUUUGUGUAUAUAUAAAUGUGUGUGUGUGUGUGUGUGUGUGUGUGUGUGUGUGUGUGUGUGUGUGUGUGUGUGUGUGUGUGUGUGUGUGUGUGUGUGUGUGUGUGUGUGUGUGUGUGUGUGUGUGUGUGUGUGUGUGUGUGUGUGUGCAUGCAUACAUACAUAUAUGAAUGUAGAAAUAGCUAAAAAUGCUAACAUUGUAAGUGUUGGCCUUUUAGCCUAAAUUAUUGCAUAUUUUUACUUGGCGCUAUCUUGCUAGCAUGCAAAAUGUUAGAUGUUAGCAUGUUCGUAUUUUAGCCACUUCUUCAGUUAUAUAGCAUAAAGUUGUGGAUAUUGUGACUUGGCACUAUCUUGCUGGAAGCUGAAGGUUAACGUGUUAGCAUUUUCGCCAGAUUGAUAUAUUUAAAAUGAAAAGUAAUGGAUAUUGUUACUCGGCGCUAUGUUGUUAGCAUGCUAAAUGAUAGCAUUUAGCCAAUUUGGUAGGUGUUAAACUUCCAAGUCCUGGACAUUGUUACGUUAUCUUGCUAACACUUAGCAUUUCGAGCAUUUUCGUCGGAAUUCGGAACUUUGCACCCGCCCUGUUGCUACCCAGACGCGUUAGAUCGAAAAGACAAACGUUUUAUGGGCAUUGUGUUUUCUUUCCCUAUUUCUGGUGUUGUGGUGUCGUAAAAACACAAGUGGUGAGAAACUCUUUACAGAAUUAGACUGUUACUAAAUCUGGUCUUGGCCAAGUGUUGUGGUUCCUGUCCUGACAUACACUACAAAUAUUAAUCAACAUACAUUCUUGUCUUUUUACAAUCCAUUGUGUUGAGCAUUCUGACCACAUUAGGAGAAGACCAACCAAUCAUUCAGAUCCUUUCAUCUCACAGGGGCGGAGCUUAAAGCCUCCUUUUUCAGGUUGUUAUCCACUGAAUACUUGAAGUAGGGAAUAAGUUUUCCUACCGUGAGAAAAAAAGUCAAACGUGCCCAUUCAUGCUGACGACGUGCCAACAGUGCGAUGGAAGGACGGACGCUGCUCCUCCUCCAUUGGCUUUCACUUUCUUCAUUCGCUAGACAAAAAAAAUAAAAAAAAAUCACUGUGACGAUGCCAGACAUUUUUUUUGUAUUAUUUGUAUUAAUUUUUAUAUUUUGUUAGCUUUAUUUUUCUAUGCUUUCAUCUUUUGCCGCAGACGUGCGUCAGUUUGUAAAUGUGAGCGAGCUGUACAGUCAACCGAGCGGUAGGAGCGACUACAAUGUGCCGCAUGCUGAAUGAUGACGUGUUUGUGGGCCAAGUGAUGUCACUGUUUGAGAGUCACGUGGUCCGUGACCACGCCCCCUCCACCCCCCCUACCCCCCUAGUAGACGGCCUGUGCAGUUGUUGUGAGCAUGUUUCCUGGGGUUGCUGGUGUAAAUGUGAUGGCAGUGUGCGUGUGAACGUGUGCGCGUGCGUGUUGUAACGCAGAAGACGAUGAAGUGUUUUAAAAAAUAAUAAAUAAUGUAUUUGUGUGACUGGUGGGAUGUUAGUGACAGAAGCAUGGAUACUCUGUGAUGUUUCCUGUUGUUUCUUUUUCAAAGCCAGGAAGGAGGUUGUCGUCUGUGCCCCACUUUGCUAUCUAUUGUAUGUGAUGUAACCCGAUAUUAAUAUUGUUGUUGGCCAGCUGGUUUAUAUCAUCAAAAUUAAAGUGACUUUCUUUCUGUCAA